AACCACCUUGGGGAUUGUACAAAGAAAAUCUCUACACGACCAAUUCUAUACAUACAUACCCAUAAGGCCAUAACCCAUCAAUCAUCAUUCCUGAUUCUCUCUACUCCAUACUCCAUAGUUCCAUUCCAUUUGCUCAUCAUAUUCAUGGGAGAAACAGACAAAUUAAAAAUCACAGAGCUUCAUGGAAGAAAAAACGGAGAUGAAGUGAAGAGCAAAGGGUGAAAAUGAAGAAAACUCUUAAAUUUCCAUCACCAUAUCUUCUUCUCCUUCAUUGAUAGGAAUUCCGCCAUUUUGAGCAUUUUUUCUCUCUCCUUCGAUGCUUAACAGCGUCCCAUCUUCGACCUUAUACAGCAAUAUCGGCCAAAAUGGCGGCAGCACUGGAGUAGCUGUCGCUAUUACUGCCGUUGCUGGUCUCGCUGUUGUUGCCGCCAUUUUUUAUACUCGUAGGUAAAAAUUAAAAACCUCCCCCUUUUUUUGUUUUGAUUGUGUGUAAUUUGGUUACUGUAAACCCUAGUUUUAGCUCGUGAUUGUGAUUUUUAGUGAGAUUUUCUUGAUUGUUCUAGGGGGAGAGUUAGGGUUAGGGUUAGGAUUAGGAUUAGGAUUUAUGUAAUUUGAUAUAGUAGAUGAAAGCUUUAAGAAGAAGUCAUACUUGUUCUUCAUCAUCUUCCUCAUCGUCGAAAUCAACUCCGUCAUCAUCUAGUUCGAAAAAACAUCAUCGUUAUUCAUCAUCGUCGCCGUUGUCCGCAUCGUGGGUUCAUUUGCGAUCCGCUUUGUUCGUUGUUGCUUCUUCCUCACCGGCAUCUUCUUCUUCACAUCGUGGUAAUCUUAAGUCACCAUGGUGUCGCAAGAGAAGGAAAUGCGCCCUUUCUCCUCAGAAGUGGAAGAAUUCAUUUACACCAGAUGGAAAACUUCAUGAUGGUGGAAUAAAGCUUUUGAAAAAAGUUCGAAGCGGGGGCAUUGAUCCCAGUGUCAGAGUAGAGGUUUGGCCUUUCCUUCUUGGCGUCUAUGCUCUGAACAGUUCCAAAGAAGAAAGAGAUGUUGUCAGAAAUAGGAACAGAAAGGAGUAUGAGAAACUAAGAAGACAGAGCCGAAGAUUUCUUAGACAAACUGACGAGAGUUUGAGGGUAGAUAGCAAUGUGAAAAGGGAGAAUACAGAGCCAAGUUCACCUGCUUCAGAAGACGUGGUCAGCGCUCGAGAGUCCCUCUCGAGUGAGAGGGAAAGUGAUCUUGAAUUUUCAGAAAUUCCUUUUAGUUCAGUUUUGGAUAGGACCAGUAGCUCCCGACGAAUUACUAGUUCUAGUCCUUCUGUAAUCUAUGAUUCAUCUGAUGUGGGUUCAUCAGAAGAUGAGCAAUUUGAUGAAGAUUUCUCUCCGGUAAAGAAUGGAAAUGUUUCUGAUGUGUCUCCAAAGGGAGAUCUCUCCCCAACCAAGACAAAUAUGCAAUCCAAUAUUUGCCGCACCGAAGACUUUGCUACUUGGCAGCGGAUAAUUCGUGUUGAUGCUUUGCGGGCCAAUGCAGAAUGGGUGGCUUAUUGCCCUUCUCAGGCUGCUGUAUCAGAAGACCGGGCACAACGUUGUGCUGAGGCGGUGUGUCUCAAAGAUUAUGAUCACCUUGAACCGUUCAGGGUUUACCAUGCUGCUCGAUUGGUAGCAAUACUGGAAGCCUACGCUGUUUAUGACUCCGAAAUCGGUUAUUGUCAGGGCAUGAGUGAUCUUCUUUCCCCAAUAAUCUCAGUCAUUGAGCAGGACCAUAUGGCCUUCUGGUGCUUUGUUGGUUUCAUGAAGAAGGCUCGUCAUAACUUCAGGCUCGAUGAAGUAGGAAUCCGUCGACAACUCGAUAUCGUGGCCAAAAUCAUAAAACACAGAGACUCCCGACUUUAUAGGCACUUGGAAAAGCUUCAAGCAGACGAUUGUUGCUUUGUGUACCGAAUGGUGGUAGUCCUGUUUCGGCGUGAGCUAAAUUUUGAACAAGCUCUCUGUUUGUGGGAAGUGAUGUGGGCUGAUCAGGCUGCACUCAGGGCUGGUUUGGGCAAGUCUAGAUGGAGUAGAAUAAGACAACGGCCUCCGCCAACAGACGAUCUGCUGUUGUAUGCCAUUGCUGCUUCUGUUUUGCAGAGAAGAAAACAGAUCAUAGAGAAAUACCAUAGCAUGGAUGAAAUAUUGAGGGAGUGCAAUAACAUGGCUGGACAACUUGAUGUCUGGAAACUUCUAGAUGAUGCUCACGACUUGGUAAUGAGUCUUCAUGAUAAAAUUGGUACAACCUUUUAAGGGCCUUUUCACAAGGCCUAAUAUUGCUAACUCUGCUGUUUGAUUCUUCUUAAUAUCUCGUAAUGGAGAAAAUUAAAAUUUUCAAAUUUUAAAAAUUAAAAAUUUUGCCAUUUUUACCUUUACAAGAAAUUAUGGAAUUAUGUUAGAUCCACCUAGAGCUUUAAGAACCAUUUUAACUAGUAGAUCAUAUCCAAACAAAAUGUCUAAAAAAAAGGUUUAAAAAAUAUUGGGAUGAAUGGAACUGAAAGGGAAAAUUUGAAAUAAAUAAGUAAAAAGGUAUAAAAAAUUUGAAUAAUGGUGAAGUUUUGAAACUAUUUUUCAAGAUAAGCGGUUUUUUUAAAGUUGUGGUUUGGAGCUGUUUGUUGUUAGUAACAGCGAACAAAGGCUGGAGGUCAAAAAAAGUCAAAGAGUCUGUUCGUUGAUACUAACAACAACAAAGA